AUGGCAGAGACAAAGCGGCCAGUGGGGCUGCUAUUUGACAUCGGGGGAGUUUGUGUUGUUUCCCCAUUCCAGGCAAUUCUCGACUAUGAGAUUGCCCAGAACAUACCUCCAGGCUGGGUCAACUUCAGCAUCUCGCGAACGUCGCCGAACGGUAGCUGGCACAAGCUCGAACGAGGCGAUAUAGAAAUGAAUGAAGAAUUCUUUGCGGGAUUCAAUGCAGACCUUCGCAACCCCGAUCUUUGGAGGCAAUUCCACGAACAACUUCAAAAGAAACAAGGGACAAGUGGGGUGGCUAUUCCUCCACUACCAUCGGUGGAUGCUGAAUGGCUAUUCUGGGAGAUGAUGCGGAUAUCGCGCACGCCAGACCGAUACAUGUUCCCGGCUCUCAAGAAGUUGAGAGAGUCAGGACAAUUCCUCAUGGGUGCACUGUCCAACACCGUGAUCUUCCCUGAUGGACACGAAUACAAUAAUACGAGCGAUGUGAAGAAGCAAUUCGAUUUUUUCAUUUCCUCGGCGCAUACAGGCCUUCGAAAACCCGACUCGAAGAUCUACCAGGUGGCAUUGCAGGAGAUGGAUAGUCUGGCUAAGCAACGUGGACUGCCCGGCACCAACCCCAACGAUAUUGUAUUCUUCGACGACAUCGGCGAAAACCUCAAGGGGGCAAAAAAUGCCGGGAUGCGUACCGUUAAAGUCACACUUGGAAAGACCGAGGAUGCAGUGAGAGAGUUGGAGAAGCUCACUGGCUUAUCGUUGCUAGAUGAUGCAAAGGCUCGAUUGUGA